GUCGUGUCAAACGUACGUUGUCGAGAUUUUUGUGUAUUUUGUGCAUUAUUUUCCUAUUUAUUGGUUCAGGGCAAGUAAUAAUUAGUUUAAAGCCCAAAUUUCGGUGCUUCUGAUACAUUAAUCGAGGUAAUAAGCACCAAAAUGACCGACUCAAAGUAUUUCACCACCACGAAAAAGGGGGAGAUAUUCGAACUAAAGUCAGAACUCAACAGCGAUAAAAAGGAGAAAAAGAAGGAGGCUGUCAAAAAGGUCAUUGCGUCCAUGACAGUCGGCAAAGAUGUCUCUGCGCUGUUCCCUGAUGUCGUCAACUGCAUGCAAACAGACAACCUGGAGCUUAAAAAGCUGGUCUACUUGUAUCUCAUGAACUACGCCAAGUCACAGCCGGAUAUGGCCAUCAUGGCUGUUAACACCUUCGUCAAGGAUCUACCAACAUACCAGCUUGUUAAGGAUUGCGAAGACUCCAACCCGCUCAUAAGGGCUCUGGCGGUACGGACCAUGGGUUGCAUCCGAGUGGACAAAAUCACAGAGUAUCUGUGUGAACCGCUGAGGAAGUGCUUAAAAGAUGAAGAUCCUUAUGUGAGGAAGACGGCAGCUGUGUGUGUUGCUAAGCUGUAUGACAUAUCAUCAAGCAUGGUGGAAGAUCAGGGUUUCCUGGAUCAGCUGAAGGACCUCCUGAGCGACUCCAACCCCAUGGUGGUGGCCAACGCCGUCGCCGCGCUCUCCGAGAUCAACGAGGCCAGCGUCUCCGGACAUCCACUUGUCGAGAUGAACGCGCCAACCAUCAACAAGCUCCUAACGGCUCUGAACGAAUGCACCGAGUGGGGCCAAGUGUUCAUCCUGGACGCGCUCAGUAACUACUCGCCCCGCGACUCGCGCGAGGCUCACUCCAUCUGCGAGCGUAUCACACCGCGCCUCGCGCACGCCAACGCGGCCGUCGUACUUUCCGCCGUCAAGGUCCUAAUGAAGUUAAUGGAGAUGGUGUCCGAAGACACGGAGCUGGUCAGCACCCUGUCCCGCAAGCUGGCGCCUCCGCUAGUGACGCUCCUGUCCGCGGAGCCCGAGGUUCAGUACGUGGCGCUCCGCAACAUCAACCUCGUCGUGCAGAAGCGGCCAGAUAUACUCAAACACGAGAUGAAGGUCUUCUUCGUGAAAUACAACGACCCUAUCUACGUGAAGCUGGAAAAGUUGGACAUAAUGAUCCGUCUCGCGUCCCAAGCCAACAUCGCUCAAGUGUUAGGCGAGCUGAAAGAAUACGCUACCGAAGUGGAUGUGGAUUUCGUACGCAAGGCCGUUCGCGCCAUCGGCCGUUGCGCCAUUAAAGUGGAGCCAUCAGCCGAGCGCUGCGUCUCAACCCUCCUCGAGCUGAUCCAAACGAAAGUGAACUACGUAGUGCAAGAAGCGGUGGUCGUGAUCAAGGACAUCUUCCGCAAGUACCCCAACAAGUACGAGAGCAUCAUCUCCACGCUCUGCGAGAAUUUGGACACGCUCGACGAGCCGGAAGCCAGGGCUUCCAUGGUAUGGAUCGUGGGCGAGUACGCUGAACGUAUCGACAACGCCGACGAACUGUUGGACUCAUUCCUUGAGGGCUUCCACGACGAAAACGCACAGGUCCAACUGCAACUGCUGACGGCCGUGGUGAAAUUGUUCCUGAAGCGGCCUGCAGACACGCAGGAAUUAGUCCAGCAUGUGCUCAGUCUCGCCACACAAGACUCCGACAACCCUGACUUGAGGGACCGCGGCUUCAUCUACUGGCGUUUACUAUCCACUGACCCCGCGGCCGCCAAAGAAGUGGUGCUCGCCGAUAAACCACUCAUCUCCGAGGAGACAGACCUUCUGGAGCCCACGCUGCUGGAUGAGCUCAUCUGCCACAUCAGCUCGCUCGCCUCUGUGUACCACAAGCCGCCCACAGCCUUCGUGGAGGGUCGCGGCGCGGGCGUGCGCAAGUCGCUGCCGGCGCGCGGCGCCUCCGAGCCGGCCGAGGCCCACGCUCCUCAGGCCACAGUUAUUCCCAACCAGGAGUCCCUGAUCGGCGACCUGCUGUCGAUGGACAUCGGCGCGCCGCCCGCGCCCGCCGCCGCGCCGGCCUCCAACCUGGACUUGCUCGCCGGCGGCCUCGACGUUCUGCUGGGCAGCGGCGCGGAGCCCGCAGCAGCGGUCCCGGGCGGCAGCACGGGGCUGCUGGGCGACAUCUUCGGCGCCGCCGCGCCCGCCUCCUACGUGCCGCCCAAGACCUGCUGGCUGCCCGCCGACAAGGGGAAAGGUCUAGAGAUCUGGGGCACAUUCAGUCGGCACGGCGGGCAGCCGCGUCUGGAGAUGACCUUCACCAACAAGGCCAUGCAGGCCAUGAGCGGGUUCGCCAUUCAGCUCAACAAGAACAGUUUCGGUGUAUUCCCGGCGGGCAGCUUGUCUGUGGGCGCACUAGCGGCUGGCGCGAGCGCGGAUGCGCCGCUGCCACUCGCGACAACUGGCCCCGUGCAGCGCAUGGAGCCGCUUAACAACCUGCAGGUGGCGAUAAAGAACAACGUGGACGUGUUCUACUUCGCGUGCCUGAUGCCGGCGCACAUCCUGUUCACAGAGGACGGGCAGCUCGACAAGCGCGUCUUCCUCACCACCUGGAAGGAGAUCCCCGCCGCCAACGAGCUCCAGCACUCGCUGUCCGGCGUCGUCGGCACCGCCGACUCCAUCGCGCACAAGAUGACCCUCAACAACAUCUUCACCAUCGCCAAACGAAACGUAGAAGGACAAGACAUGCUCUACCAGUCACUCAAACUUACCAACAACAUCUGGGUACUACUAGAGUUAAAACUACAGCCAGGAAACCCAGAAGCUACCCUAAGCUUGAAGUCACGCACGGUCGAAGUAGCCUCCUGCAUAUUCCAAGCGUACGAGGCCAUCAUCAAAUCGUAAUCUCGUUGAUUGUUAUAGUAUUCUUAUGUAAGUUAUAUUUAUACGACUGUAAAUUCCAUUAGUGUAUGAAUGUUUAUUAGAUUCUAGCUUUUUACUUGAAUGAGUUCCACCCAAUAAGAUGGUUUGGUGGGACAUUGUGAGGAGAAAAGUUAGAACUGUUUAUUAGAGAUUAUGAAAUGAAAUGAUAUGUAUAUCGCGCGAGUGGGAUGGAAGACUCCGGGAGAAUCAUGCCGUGUAAUGGCUAUAAAUAAAUAAUUAUGUUAAAUUA